AUGUCGCAUAUGGGCGGCCGAUCGCUCGCCGUGUCUACCAGCUUCGCUGACUCUCAGACAGGAGUUCCCGCAAAUUUUGAUAUCUCCGAUCAAAUGAACCAAACCGUUUUCAUCCGUUACUACAUUGUGAAGAAGAGGCGCUGGGGUGGAUUGGCAGUGAAAGCUGGUUCAGAAGCUCAUGACUCGCCCUACUAUAUAGGAAGGCCACCGUCACAAGAUAUGGUUUCCACGUUUGGAAGUCGUAGCAGUGUUGAAGUCGCUUCUGACGGACCAGUGAACAUGGUGCAAACCGAUUUAGACGCUUUGGCGGACUACAUGCUGGACCUGAAUCCGAGCGCGGAGCUUGCAAUCGUUAGUCAUGACGACUUGUGGGCGCUUGUGAAGCGGCAUGAUAUCCAAGAACUGCUACGAUGUGUUACAUCGUCGACGCAUUCUCAAGGAACAUCCGUGGUCGUGCAGCAUUCUGCUGUAGAAGCGGGCUUGCAAGACAAUUCCUUAGAUAGGAUAUCACAGGCACAAGAAGUCACAGAUUACUGGGGACGAGCCAGCCACAGCAGGGCGCCCUUCACGCCCAACCAGGCGAACGCUGGACACCAGGGAAUCAGCUGGCCGUCGGAUUCCACCGAUUUCAACGAAGGAUUCCCACCGGACGCGCGCCGGAACGUCCAGUGGUAUACAGAGCAGCCUGAAUUGCCGCCGGAUGGCCCCUUAGUCAAAGAAGUGCUAAAUAUGUUCAAAUCCUCCUCCAACCACAUCAGCGCAAGCACCAUGCAACGACACCUAGAGAGGGCGAAAUGGGGAGUUCAACAGAAACUGUUAUUCAUCUGA